AUGCUGCAAUCCGUGUGGAGAUUGAUUAUAAUUAAUAGUUGGAUUUUAUUUCUAUAUUGUUAUGCUAAUAAUCAUUUUUAUAAAGGAUAUGAAGUAGUACGUGUCUUACCCAAAACAAAUGAACAUCUUCAAUUAAUUCGUCAUUUCGAAGAUAAUUAUGGCGUUGAUCGAUGGUCAGAAGUAUUAACUAUAAAUCGAGAUGUUAAAAUGAGUUUACCACGAAAACAAGCACCAAAAAUAAAAAAAUUAUUUAAACAACAUGGAAUUGAUGUGAAAAUUCUUCAUAAUGAUUUAGAAAAAUUAAUCCAAAAAUCCGAUGAUAUUUCUAAACAACAUAAAAUCCGAACAAAACGAUUGACAGUAAAUAUAGCUUCAUCACAUCUCACUGGUUAUUUGAGAUAUCAUGAAAUUGUUGAAUUUCUCAAAGAGCAGCAUAGACGAUCACCACCAUUGAGGAACUUUACAUCACUCUUUUCUAUUGGUUCUACACAUGAAAAUCGAUCAAUUUGGACAAUACGAAUUGGAAAGCCAUCUGCACGACGAAAUAUUUUAAUAGAUUGUGGAAUUCAUGCAAGAGAAUUUAUUUCGCCUUCCACCUGUCUUUAUAUGAUUGAUAAAUUGAUUGGUGAAGUUAAUAAUGGACGAGUAUCACUUUUAUCAGUAUUUAAUAUUUAUAUUAUUCCAUUACUUAAUCCAGAUGGUUAUGAAUAUGCUCAAACAGAAAGACGAAUGUGGCGUAAAAAUCGUGCAUUAAAUGGUUAUUAUCAUAAUCCAGAUUCCAAAUGUAUUGGAGUUGAUCUUAAUCGAAAUUUUGGAUAUCAUUGGAUGGAAAAUGGUGCAUCAACAAAUCCUUGUUCUGAAACAUAUGCUGGACCACAUCAAGAUAGUGAACCAGAAACACGAAGUUUACAAAGAUUUAUUAAGCAAUCAUCUCGACAUUGGGAUGCUUAUUUAACAUUUCAUUCUUAUGGACAAUAUUGGAUUUAUCCAUGGGGAUUUGCUUUACAUAUGCCUGAUGAUUAUAUUGAAUUAAAUAAUAAAGCAACAAUUGGUUCAGAAGCUUUAAAACGUGUCAGUGGUACUUUAUAUAAAAUCGGAUCAGCAGCUAAUUUACUUUAUGAAUCAGCAGGUGGUAGUGAUGAUUGGGCUAAAGGUGUUGGUCAAAUAAAAUAUGUUUAUACUGUUGAAUUACGUCCUUCAGAUGAUAUGAAUGAUGAACAUGCACAUUUUGCUUUUAUGCUUCCAGAAACAUUUAUUGAACCUGUUGGACAAGAAACAUAUGUUGGAGUAAAAGGAUUUCUUCGAUCACUUAUUACCUCUCGAGGUCAAAAAUCAUUAUCAAAAAAUAAAUAUUAA